ACUUGAUGAACAUAAUCCGCCACCUGAAAUAAAAAGAAGUGAGAAUUUGGAGGAUAAUUAACAAGAUGGAAUUAAUUGAGAAACAACUUACAGAGGCUUUAAAAAGAAUGAAGAACAAUCAUCUCAUUCGUGAAGAAUUAUACGAAAAGAUCAGACCAACAGGAUCUUUAAUACCAAGACUUUACGGUCUACCGAAAAUACACAAAGCUGCCCUUCCACUCCGCCCUAUCUUGGAUAUGUCUGGAUCGCCCUAUCAUUCAGUAGCUGGAUGGCUAGCUGAAAUCAUUGAACCUGUCAGGGAACAGCUAUCUAAUCAUUCCCUUCGGGACACCUUCCAAUUUGUUGAAUGUAUACAGGAUAUAAAUGCGUCGAAUAAACAUAUGUUGUCUUUGGAUGUAGAAUCCCUAUUCACGAACGUUCCACUGACAGAAACUAUAUGUUUUAUAUGCAAAUAUAUAGAAGACAACAAAUUGAAUAUAGGUAUACCCACUACAGAUCUGAAAGAACUACUUCUGAGAUGUACAUUGAAUGUACAGUUUACUUUCAAUGAAGCAAUCUACAGACAGAAGAAUGGUACUGCAAUGGGUUCUCCCUUGGGUCCUCUCCUUGCAGACUGUUUUACGUCCAGUCUACAAAAUGAUCAGCUGAAGUCUAUAAUCCAAAGCUUUCAAACGUAUAAAAGGUAUGCAGAUGACACCUUUAUUAUUUGUAAUAGUGAUUGUAACUUGAAUAAUAUAUUAGAUGUAUUUAAUGGUUGCCGUCCGGCGAUAAAAUUCACACUUGAAAUGGAGAACGAGUCUAGCAUUCAUUUCCUCGAUGUGAACUUAUCAAAAAGGACCGAUGGAACUCUGAAGAGAUCGAUUUAUCGUAAGCUGUCAUGGAAUGGUCAACAGACAAAUUUCUACAGCUGGGUACCCAUUGGUCGAAAACGAAACCUGGUCCGGUCGCUUGCCACUCGUAUUCGGCGCAUAUGUAGCCCUGAUACUGUGGAAGAUGAGUUAUACGUCUUGAAGAAAAUCCUAAUAGAAAAUGGAUUUCCACCACGUUUUAUAGAUAAGAAUAUACAUUCAAAUCCUAAAAAACGUGACUCAUCAUCCAUACCCAAGAAAAUACUUUACAUGAGCUUGGAAUUCAAAGGUGACUUAGCUUCCGAAAUCAUGAAAAAAACAUUCCCUGCUGCAUCUUUGAGAAUAGCCUUUACUAGUCUACCAUUAUUGUUCAAUAACCUGAAGAAAAAGAUCCCGCUGUUGACCAACUCUGUGUGUGUUUAUCAAUUCACCUGCUCGUGUGGAGCUGGGUAUAUCGGUCGUUCGACAGCAGUUUUGUCCAAGAGGGUGCAAGAACACUAUCCUGCAUGGUUACGAAAAGGUGGAAGUGAAGCAAUAAGAAGCGCGAUCAUUGAACAUCUGGUCGAUAAUGAUCACCCUAUCUCUAUAGCCUCCACCUUCAAAGUCAAAGGGAAAGAGUAAUGUACCCAAAUCCCUACGUACCCGACUCAUCCGUAUUGCUGAAGCUUUGGCCAUCGAAACAGAAAAGCCAGAUCUCUGUGUACAGAAAAAGUUCGUUCAACCCCUCCAACUUUUAUGGUUUUAACCCCUCUACGCUAAAGUAUGUUAAUCCCCAAUCAUGUUUUGGCUCUACGAAUUUUUCAUUUUUGUCUAUUCAAUUUGUAUACUCUUCCUUAUUAAGUCAAUUGUUACUAUCACUAUUCUCACUUUGAACUGUCCCCGGUAUUAUUUCACUUGCUCCUCUUGUCAUUCUAAAUCAAUUCCUUUAUGCAACAUUAAAUUCUAUGCUAUUAAAUUUCACAAAAUAAUACGUAACGUUUUUAUUUUAUUCGAUUUGUCUACUAAUCUUAUAAUUACACACCCUCUUUCAAGUUCUAUCCAUCCUAUGAUUUAUUCUAUAUACGACAUUAAUUUGCUUUGCCACUUGACAUUUAACUACGAUUAUAAUCACAAACAUUUUAGUUUUAAUUGCAUUCCAUUUUAUUAUUAUUAUUUUAUGCAAUCACACCUAUGUUUCAAUUCCCUUGCCGGAUAUAACUUCUUAAAAAUCAUAUUUAUACGAUUGUACAGCUUGAUGAUAAAUUCGUUGAAAAGAGUCUCUUCGCUGAAUCAUUUGUUUUGAUUUUCUGUAAAUUAACAAGUCAGCAGUCGAUUAGUUCACAGAAAUAGGGAAUAACAUCGCUACUGAAACGAUAUAUUCAGUCCGUUCUACUUUUCAUAUCUAAAGCGUUGAAAUAUAUUCUCUCUUACUCAAAAAUAGUAAAUCUGUGCAAACUGAACAGUUAAAUGUGAGUAUUGUGGGAAAUCUGUCCACUCAGUUUGCGCCAUUUUUCAGUUGAAUGUAGAAUUCAAUUAUACCUCCUUCUUCAUCCAUAUUAUUAGGUCAGAUAUAGUGAAACCAUUUAAUGACUGACGUCUGCUCAUAGCGCUUAAUGCAUCCAAUCAAAUUGGCUAAUUAUAUAUGCAACAUACGUGAACAAGUAUUAGUCUAUUAGUUGGCUGUUGUCAUAGCACAUAGUUUAACUGCUUCAAACAAAAUAUAUACUUACAGAAUUUUGAAGCACACUCGUCUGCAAUAAAGGUGAAUAACCAGUUAUCAGCCUUUUGAGAGAAACGUUUGUUGAAUUAACACAGAACCAUUCAAUAACCUGAAAUACCUCUUUGUUACAAAAAAAAUAAAAAUCCUUGAAUGAUAUGGCUCUACGAUAAGAAUUGAUAUCCUAAUAUCUCUAUUUUAUUUCCACGCUCAGUGUAGUACUGUGUUUCUCCAUCCCCGGUUUCUAUUAGGCAUAAGCAUUGGAAUUAUGUGGUUCUGAAAGAAUAGUUCUCAUCGCCACCAUAAACUGUCUAACUCCCUCUAUGCAUUUAUCACUUGGUUUGACUUUUCAGCAUUUCUUUAGAUGUUAGAGGCAAGUACUUACUGUCAGACGAUAAAAUGAAGCUUAAUUUAAGUUACUUCAAACUGUUAACAAAGGUUUUGUUUUCUGAAUUCAUAAUUUGAACUUACGUGCUCCUAUGCAUAUUUUUGCAC